UCUACUUCAAGGUCAGUCCUAGUUCGUUCAUUGGUGUGGGUAAAACGUGGGUGAUGCUGCCGAAUGUAAUCCUAUUUCAGCGGGUUCAUUGGACAUAUCACACAGUAAAACUUUUAUUGGUUCAGGAAGACCUUAAUGAAGGGAAAUCUUGAGGAUAACCAAUCAGAUGUCUUCAGAAGACUGUGAAAACGAAUUACUUGCUCUGGAGUCUAUAUACGAGGAUAGAUAUCAACUCGUACAGACUACACCUAAACGAAAAGUCAAGAUAUGUUUGGAUGGACAGUCAGAUGAUUCACUCUUAACUAAAAUUAGAUGUCAAAUUCUUUUUGAACUUCCAGAUAAGUAUCCAAAUGAACCACCUGAGUUUCAAAUACGUAAACCUGAAAAUCUUUCAGAAGAAGAUAUCUCUGAUAUCAAUCAUAUAAUCAAUGGAGUGAUUGAACGCUCAUUAGGAUACGUGAUGCUUUUUGAUAUAUUAUCAGAUAUUCAACAGAAAUUGGACAGUGUUUGUGAGAAAUUACUACUUCGUCAGCGUAAUGAAGCUAAAGAAAAACGAAAAGCAGUACAAUUAGAGGAAGAGGCCAAGUUUAGAGGAGAUCGAGUUACAGUAGAAUCAUUUCUCGAGUGGAAUGCAAAAUUUCGCGCAGAAAUGCAAUCAAUAAAAGAAAAGCUUAUAUCAGAAGAACAGAGUAACAAACGAUUAACUGGGCGUGAAUUAUUUUUGAAAGACAGUCAUUAUGAUGAUUCAGAUCUCACAUUCCUUGAAACUAAUGGUGGUGAGGUGGUGGAGAUAGAUGAACAUUUAUUUAUCGACAUUGGUGAUAUAGAUUUGAAUGAUGAUGAUGAUGAAGAUAAUAAUGGUUUGACUCUGAAAGAAUGAAAUUGAACAGGGUAUACAUGAAUAAAUUAAUUUGCUUACUUUUAAGUUGUAGUUUUCAUAUAUUUACAAUUAUUUAUUGUUAUUUAGGAAGAAAUCCAAAAAGUAUUACGA